CUGUAAUCAAUUCCAUGGGCUUUGCUUUUGCGGGCGGGUCCCACAGGCCAACCAGCGCCCACCACCGCCAUCAAAUCUCUCUCUACUAGGAAAAACCACUCACGCUCUCCAAUCUCCGUGAAUCCCUCGCCAUUGCUGCACUCCUCUUGAGGGUUUUGCUUGCGGAAUCGGGGCGCCCUUCGGCUUUGAGUAAUCACUUCCUGCAGGCACGGAGGGUACCAAGGAUGAUGUUUGUGCUCGUGUUUAGAUGACAUAAAGUGUGUUGUGCACGCGACACACUGGAUAGGAAGCGAUGAAAAUCAGGGCACUUCUGACCUCUGCGGGCAUCAACAUUGGCCUCUGCGUGCUUUUUCUGUCGCUCUACUCUGUUCUGAGAAAGCAACCAGCAAAUGUCAGGGUUUACUUUGGGCGGAGGAUUGCUGAGGAGCAUGAUCGGCUCCGAGAGGCUUUUAUUUUGGAGAGGUUUGUUCCAUCUACUGGCUGGAUAGUGAAAGCCCUGCAGUGUACCGAGGAAGAGAUCUUGGCUGCUGCUGGGUUGGAUGCUGUUGUUUUCAAUAGAAUUCUAGUAUUCAGCAUACGCAUCUUCUCCCUUGCUGCCCUUCUAUGUGUUUUCGGAAUUCUUCCACUGAAUUAUUUUGGACAGGAUAUACAACAUGUUCGAAUUCCUUCAGAAUCAUUGGAUAGAUUUACAAUCGGGAAUGUGGCAGUGAGAUCAAGAUGGCUCUGGGUCCAUUGUGUAGCCCUGUACAUAAUUUCUGGAGUAGCUUGCAUCCUUCUGUACAUUGAGUACAAGCACAUUGCCAGGUUGAGGCUCCUUCAUCUUACACGUGCAACACCAAAUCCAAGCCAUUUUACUAUACUUGUUCGUGGAAUACCAAAGGCAACUAAACAACCGUGCAGUAAUGUUGUUACUGAGUUCUUCACAAAGUAUCAUGCAUCAAGUUACCUAUUCCAUCAAGUUGUUUACAAGGUUGGGAAAGUUCAGAAGAUAAUGACUGGUGCAAAGAAGGCAUAUAAGAAGUUCAAACAUUUCAAGGACAACACGGUCGAUCAGGGAUGCAGAGCGAUUACCUACAGAUGUUGUCUUUGUGGAGCCUCUUCUAAUUCUUUCAAGUUGUUGACCACUGAAUGUGAGCAGAAGAGGGGGAAAGCUGACAACGAUUCCAACUUGGACUUACAGGAUGAGGAAUGCACAGCUGCUUUUGUAUUUUUCAAAACUCGAUAUGCCGCACUCGUCGCAUCAGAAAUACUUGAAACAUCUAACCCUAUGCAAUGGGUUACUAAUCUAGCUCCAGAACCAGAUGAUGUGUAUUGGUCCAAUCUUUGGCUUCCCUAUAAGCAGCUUUGGAUUCGUCGUAUAGCUACACUCCUAGGUUCUAUUGUUUUUAUGUUCUUAUUUCUGAUACCGGUGACAUUUAUACAAGGACUAUCACAGCUAGAGCAGCUGCAGCAGAAGCUUCCUUUCCUAAAUGGAAUAUUGAAGAAAAAUUACAUAAGCCAGCUAGUGACUGGAUAUCUUCCCAGUGUCAUACUGCAAAUUUUUCUGUACACCGUUGCACCAAUUAUGAUGCUAUUUUCUACAUUGGAGGGACCUACAUCUCACAGUGAGAGGAAGAAGAGUGCCUGCUGUAAAGUGCUGUACUUCACAGUUUGGAACGUGUUCUUUGUUAAUGUCUUAUCUGGUACUGUCAUAAGCCAAUUGAAUAUGUUGUCAAGCCCGAAGGACAUCCCUGUCCAGCUUGCUAGAGCUAUACCUGGGCAGGCUACCUUCUUCAUCACCUAUGUCCUGACUUCAGGAUGGGCCAGUUUAUCUUCUGAAGUUAUGCAACUCUUUGGUCUGAUAUGGAACUUUAUAAGGAAAUAUAUUCUGAGAAUGAGAGAAGAUACAGAAUUCGUUCCCUCAUUUCCCUAUCACACAGAAGUACCAAAAGUUAUGUUGUUUGGACUAUUGGGAUUCACAUGCUCAGUACUGGCACCUCUGAUCUUACCUUUUCUGUUGGUGUACUUUUUCCUUGGUUAUGUGGUAUACCGCAAUCAGUUGCUCAAUGUUUACCGCACAAGGUAUGACACAGGUGGUUUGUAUUGGCCAAUUGCACACAACACAGUCAUAUUCUCUCUUGUGCUCACCCAGAUCAUCUGCCUCGGUGUAUUUGGCCUUAAAGAAUCACCAGUAGCUGCGGGCUUUACCAUACCUCUUAUCAUCCUUACUUUUCUAUUCAAUCAGUACUGCAGAAACCGGCUUCUCCCAUUAUUCAGGACUUUUCCAGCACAGGAUUUAAUUGACAUGGACAGGGAGGAUGAACGGUCAGGAAGAAUAUAUGAAAUUCACCACUUACUUCAUUCUGCUUAUUGCCAGUUCCCUGACACUGAAGAUGUACCAUUGGAAAAAAUUCAGACUGACGGUAGGGAUGAGGAGCAAGGUUCUAGCUCGGGUGAGUCGAAUGACAAAGGAACCUGUGAGAAUCCCAGAAGGGAUCUAUCUCACCCAACAUUGAAGGGACUCCCUGUUAGCCGUCUGCAGCAUGCUGUGAGAUCGAUUACUUUCCUUAUCAGAUUACAGAAAAGAGGUUUAUCAGAACAGAAAAGUGGAUAAUUAAUUAACCGCUAACCUCUUCACCUGUCCGCUCAUGUAAAUAUACAGCGACAUACAUAAUACAACAUUCACUGAGAAAAAUGGGUUUGUGUAGAAAUCUGAGAGAGCAUCGUCACAGAGUGCUGAGGUGCAAUUUUGGUGUUUUUAUUUGUUUGAUGUAUGAGUUAGUGGCUCUGCAAUUUUGGUGAAUAUUUGUUUUUGUCUCGGUGGUGUUUCCUUCCUCUUUGUUUAGUUGAAAUUGCAGUCUUUUCACUGUUUCUCCCUUGAAAUGGAAUAAUCAUCCUGUUGCUGCCAGUGCAUAGGACAAGGGCCUGUGCCAUUCUGGGGAAUUUGCCAAGA